GAUGUUGUCAGUUAGUUUUUUUGGUAAUUUUUGUUUCCUUUUCUUUUUCUUCUUUUGUUAAGAACAGAAUUUAAUGAGAAAGCAUCUUGGAGUAAAUGGCUGGAUCAACUUUGAUCAUUAAAAUCUUCCUAAACCAAUAGAAUCAUUUCUUCUACACCAUCCAAGAGAAGAAGAAGAAUUGCAAGAGGUAGAAGGAGAGAAAGAUGGUAGAGGUAUUGGAAGGAAUACCUCUACUGGUACAACAAUUCAUAGCAUUGUUCAAGAAAAACAUACUAUUGUCAUGGAGAAAUAAGAAAUCAUUUUUUGGGCAAUUAUUCUCGCCGGUUGUCUUCAUACUCUUAUUGGUUUGUGUUGAUAAACUUAUGAAUUCUGGUUUUGGGUCGGCCGGAACUAUAGAUGUCCAUGAUCCUGAAGCUUUCAUUAUUCCACCAAUUCCUCCGUGUGAAACAAAGAACUUCAUCCAGCUUCCUUGUUAUGAUUUCGCGUGGAGUGGGAAUCAAAGUCCGAGGAUUCAAUCAAUUGUGGAGAAGAUAAUGUUGAACAAUCCUGGCAGGCCCAUCCCUUCAGAAAAGGUCAAAUCAUUUAAUACAAGUGCUGAUGUAGAUGAUUGGCUUUAUAGAGAGCCAAUGCAUUGUGUUGGGGCCUUACACUUCAUUGAUAAAAGUGCUACUGUAAUAAGCUAUGGGAUACAAACAAACUACUCAAGUACGACGAUACGAGGAGUAAGUGAAGACCCUCUUUUUAAGUUUCAAUUACCAUUUCAAAUUGCUGCCGAGCGUGAAAUUGCGAGGUUUCUUAAUCAAGACCCAAAUUUAAAGUGGAGUGUUGGAUUGAAGGAAUUUGCAUAUCCUGCAACCGAAUAUGAAUCUGCAUUUGACCUCGCAGGAUUGGUUUUCCUUCUUGCGAUAACAAUGUUUCCUUUCAUAUCGCAAAUGAGUUCUUUGGUUGGGGAGAAAGAACUUAAGCUGCGUCAGGUGAUGUCUAUAAUGGGUCUUUAUGAAUCCGCAUAUUGGUUAUCAUGGCUCGUAUGGGGAACUGUUAUCAUAUUCAUUUCAUCGCUUCUUACUGUUGCCUUAGGGGUGAUAUCUCGGUUUGACUUUUUCGUGCACAAUAGUAUUGUGGUUUUGUUCUUUUGUUUCUUCCUGUUUCAAUUCAGUAUGAUUGGUUUCGCCUUUGCGCUUUCAACUCUCCUUAGCAAGUCAUCAGCAGCAAAUACUAUUGGUUUCUUUAUUUUUAUCAUCAGUUAUGUAACCGGGACUCUUGUUCCUGUGGAUCUCGUGAAAAUGUUCCCAACAAGAUACAGAAUUCUGUGGAACUUCUUUCCUCCUAAUAUUUUCAGUGGAGUCAUUCAAGUACUUCAGGCGGCGACAAGAACUCAUGAUGAUAAAGGAAUUAGCUGGAAUAACAGAAAUAAAUGUACUGGUAUAAUAUUUCCACCUGACGGGCCGUGUUCAACUAUGGAUGAUACAUUUAAAUGGCUUGUGGGGAACUUCGUUUUCUGGUUUCUUUUGGCUCUGUACUUGGACAAUGUUAUCCCAAACUCAUCUGGUGUACGAAAAUCAGUCUUUUUUUUCUUGAAUCCGCGCUACUGGACUGGAAGCAGUGAAGGUAACUCUGCUGAAGGUUGUAUUUGUACAAGUGAAGUUCCACUAUUAGAUGAAAAGAAUCCAGAUGAUGAAGAUAUCCUCGAAGAGAAACGUAUGGUGAAAGACCAAAUGAGGGAAAAUUACAACAUGAACAACGAUUCAAAUAUUGCGGUUCAACUACGUGGUCUUGCAAAGGCAUAUCCUGGAACAAUCAAACUCAAGCGCUGUGGUGGUUGUUGCUGUACAUUAACCAGAACUUCAACUUACCAUGCUGUCAAGGGUGUGUGGAUGAACUUUGAAAAGGAUCAAUUAUUUUGUCUUCUUGGACCUAAUGGAGCUGGAAAAACUACUUUGAUAAACUGUUUGAUUGGCAACAUACCCGUGACAGGCGGAGAUGCUUUGAUAUAUGGGAAUUCAGUUCGAAGCUCGGUUGGUAUGACAAAUAUCCGAAGACUCAUAGGAGUUUGUCCUCAGUUUGAUAUUCUUUGGGCGGAGCUAUCCUGUCAAGAACACCUCCAGCUCUUUGGAAGUAUCAAGGGUCUACCCUCUUCUUCACUCAAUUCGAUUGUCAAGGAAUUACUAGCAAAGGUAAAGCUUGCUGAUGCAGCAAGAGUAAGGGCCGCAAGCUGCAGUGGAGGGAUGAAGCGUCGCCUCAGUGUUGCUUGUUCUCUUAUUGGAGACCCAAAAUUGGUCAUUUUGGAUGAGCCGACCACAGGAAUGGAUCCAGUUACUCGUAGACAUGUAUGGGACGUAAUAGAGGACGAGAAGAAAGGCCGUUCAAUUAUUCUGACGACUCACUCUAUGGAGGAAGCUGACAUAUUAGGAGACCGCAUAGCAAUUGUUGCAAAGGGGAAGCUCUGUUGCAUUGGUACGUCAAUAAGGUUGAAAUCACGGUUCGGGACUGGUUUAAUUGCUUCAGUUAGCUUCGCAGAGAGCACGUCAAGACAAGGAGAUGCAAUAACUGAACCUCAUCAUGAGGCUGUGAAGCAGUUCUUCAAGCAUCAUUUGGAUGUGGUACCUAAAAAGGAGAAUAAGUCAUUUGUGACUUAUGUUAUUCCUCAUGAGCAAGAGCCAUUUUUAUCGGAAUUUUUUGAUGAGCUUGAAGACAGAAAGUAUGAGUUUGGAAUAGCGGAUAUCCAACUUGGUUUGACAACACUAGAAGAGGUCUUCUUGAACAUUGCCAAAAAAGCGGAGCUAGAAAAUGCUUUAACUGAAGGAAACUUGGUUAAUAUAACAUUAACAUCUGGGCAAACACUAAGGAUACCCAAUGGUGCAAAUUACGUAGGUGUUCCAAAGACAGAAUCUGAAGAAAAUCCAAGGGGGCUUUUGGUUGAAGUACUCUGGGAGCAAGAUGAUAAUGGGUUUCUCACCAUUUCAGGUCAUUCGAAAGAAUAUCCAGUACCUCCAAAUGCUAAAAUAGUUGCUUCAACUGCAAAAUCUUCAGGCAAUCCCCAGUUAGGUAAACCAGAAGUAGGGAUCAUAUACGAUCUUACUGAUACUGAAGCUUCAAAUUUGAGAUAAGAUUAGAAUCAUGCAAAUCCAUUAGUUUCUUCUUCUUUUUUCACUCAUGGAAAUUGAUAAUGCUUCAGAAUUUUUGCUCAGUUUUACCAUUCUGCAAGAGUUCAAUUUUAAAGCUUAUCAUUUUUUAAGGGUCUAGUGAAUUGAAGCCUUCAAACUUAGACAACAUUUCAUUCACUAGUCCAAAAGAUUUAUGACAUUCUUGGAAACUUGGACAACAUUUCUUUUA